CUUCUUAUUUUUAAAAAAUUGGACAAUGCUGAAGUACUCUACUCGUUCAUAGGUGUUAAUAAACGAUUUAAUAAACUUGUACAUGAUUCAAUUUUUACAAAUCGUUUAACAAUGACAAAAUGUUCUUCUAAUGGUUCAUUUGAUCGAUUAGAUAAACAAAUACUUGAUCGAUUUUGUUUACAAAUUUUACCUGAAAUUCAUUAUAAAAUCAAAUGA